AUUCCGCUUUUUAUACAUAAAACUAUAUUUAUGUGUCAUGUACAAACAUACAUAUAAUGACAGAGUAAAGAUAUGUACAGAUACAGACAUGCUUAAGCAGCCCCUGACAGAAGGCAGCUGCAGCUGGCUCCUGGCAAUGCCGGGCACAGGAAAAACACAGGAAUGACGAAAUGAGGCUCUGAGAGACUCUGAGCGGAGCUGGCAAUCCAGCCGGGGUGACACAGGGGCAAGGAGGGUGCCCAGCCCCCAAAUCCCUCCCUGACAGUAGCCGGAUGCAGGAAAGCUCAAGCUCAGCUCGGUUUCCUCACUGAGACUGAGCUGUGAGGAAAAUCCUGCCUUCGGGAAAGUGAAAAAUCCCGACCCAGCCCAAGCCCCAGGGUGCGGAAGGGAGGAGGUGGGUCUUGCCUUCUGUCCCGAGGCCGGGCUGAGCCUGUGCAGGCGGAGAAGCUGCUCCAGGGAAGGACGGAAGUUGCCCAACCGAGAAAGAAGGAAGGAAAUCGCUUUUUUCUUUCGUCUCCUUAAAAAGAAAUAGUUGGAAAAAUGAUCCGGGACACACAGAUGUGGAGGGGAGCUGAGUGCCUGCAGAGGGAGCACGGCAGUCCCGGGGCUGCCCCGUGCCUGGGAAGGAGGAACUGAAAGAGGAAAACCAAGCUGGAUGAGUUAUGAUCCCAAAGCCGCUGGCAUUGAGCCAGCUGCAGAGCGAGGAGCAGCGGGAUCGCCCUGAGAGCGCCAUGAGGGGUUUCCAGAGGGGCUCCCAGCUCCUGGCAGCUGCACUCAGGAUCAGCCGGGUCCCCCAGGCACAGAUCCGCUCCCACCCCGCUGAGCACCCACUCUCUGCCGGUGAACAAGCCAUCGCCCUCACCCUGAUGUUCUCAUCCUUCCUGCUGCCCACAGCCUGGGUCCUGAGCAACAUCUACAACUACAGGAGCAGGCCUGAGUGAGGAGGGGCAGGAGCAGCCUGCUCCCUGCUGAGAGCAUCCCGAGGGAAGAGGCCUCGGGACAGAGCCUCGCCGGGAUGGAACCCCCCGAGCCUGCUCAUUAAAAUCCACCUUUGCAUUCAACAA